AUGGAUUGUAGUCUCAGGACAUUGAUGGAUGGAUGCCAUAGCAGGGCAGAAUUAAAGCAACGCAUGUUGCCCCGGUCUCGGGUAGUCGAAUUUAGUAAAAUUAAGUCUGAAGAAGAGUGUCAGCGGCAAAUAACGAACAACAUGAGGUUUAUGCGCCUAGCUUUGAAAGAACAUGGGAUACCCAUUGAGAUUCGGUUUCACAACUCAAGGAAUAACGAGGUUUCAUGGAAGUACCCAGAAUUCGGAAGCAACUGGAAGAAGUGCAGCAAGGUGCCACAGCUAUUGCAAUUACUCUCCAUUGUAAACGAACGAUUGAAGUUGAAGAAAACUAGCACUACGGUAAGAGACAUAUAUUACGGGAAUGUAGAAUUAUUUGGGAACCAAAGUACGGUAGAGCAGCUUUUGCAACGGCUGGAAAGCAUGUUCCAAGUGGAGAAACAGUUCUUCAACAUUGUUUCAACGCAAAAGGGUCUACUAUUUGCGGGGCCAAAACUAAGCAUAGAAGGCCAGAUUUUCCACCAGGAGUGUCAGUUGGUGCCAUACAUGAACAAGGAAGAAGUUCCAAUCUCUAUAGGUGCCGGGGAAUCUUGUGCAAAAGUUGUUGUGCUCGAGAAAGACGCCAUCUUCCAGCAAUUGAUCCAAUGCAAAAACUUAGUCCAAAAUUGGAUAGUAAUUACUGGGAAGGGGUAUCCCGACCUAUUGACAAGACAAUUACUCCAUCAUAUGGGCCAGAAGCUCCCACAAGAGGUGGAAUUCUUAAUCUACACAGAUUCAGAUCCGUACGGGAUCGAUAUUGUCACUAAAUACAUGUCGCAUGCAACGUUACGGAACGUCCAGUGCUCGCGAAUCAAGCACAAGGGAGUGCUAUUGAGCCAAUUAAUAGCGAGAAAUAGGCCUGGCACGCACCAAAUGCUGGUGCUGCUGCCACUUUCGUUACGUGACUCGACGUUUGCCAUGAAUUUAAUUCGUCGCAUGAUGUGUCAGGACACGCAGAUUGAAGAGAAGACCAAAAGGUCGUUGAGAGACGAACUACAGAAACAGUUGUUCUUCCAGAGGAAGGGCGAGAUGAACGUAGUGAACAAUGGGGACUUGGAACAGUACUUUUCAGAGGAGGCGCUACGCAAUACUACUUAG